UUGUCAUCGAUAAGCAACUCGUGCCUUAUUCAAAUCAAAGUAAAAACUCAAAUAUUUCAUUAUAAAAAUUACAUUUGUCUUUAAGAGGUAGAAAACAAUGGAAUCAACAAACACGACAAACAGCGACCUUGACGACAUACAAUACCUGCUGCACCUGGAAUCUCUCAAACGGUACACAGAAGAGGCCAAGAACAUGCAGCGACAAGUGGAGGAGCAUGCGCGCAAUUUCGUAGAAGCCAAGCGGCAAUAUCAACGUGAAUUUGCGCGUCUGGUCAGCUUGAGCAAAAAUAUCAAUUUGUGCGAGACUCUGGACGCGAAGAGCUCACGCAUUCUCGACACCCAUGUGUCGAACACGAGUCUCAAACUCUCUGAAAUGAGCGCCGCUCUGGCCAACGAAAAGCGUCCCAACGAAAUGGACAUGCGCAUUCUGGAGGAGUGCAAGCUGCAGCUGGAGCGCAAACAUCGGCCGCGCAUCAAACUCGCCAAGCAUCAGAUCAAUGUUGCCAGCAAUCGGGAGGCGCUCAAGACACUGCGCACCACCCUGGACAAUGUGGAGAACGGCUUUGAGCUGUCCACGCUGGCGACAAUGGAUCAAUUGACCAUUGAGCUUCAGCCACCGCAACCUAAUUAACAGCAUUGUAUUAAGAACUUUUUCAACUGUAUAUCUUUACUAGGAUUAAACAAAAAUAAUAUAAUAUAAGUGCCCAGCUUUAAUUUGUUUGUCCAUAUGCAU